UGGGGACCUGCCUUAUGCCUAUGAGCUUUCUGUAACCAUUGUAAUCAAUCUCAAAGCCGUCCAAACAUGAGUAAUUAUGCACCAAGUGAAAACCCCUUUGCGUCUUCUCAUUCGUUGGACGCGAACCCGUUCGAGGAUCCGCAACCCCCUCAGCCCAAUGCCAAUGCACAACUGGAUGAGCUCAGCAGACGUGAAAGAGAUCUCGAGCGGCGCGAACAGGAUCUCAAUGCGAGAGCCGACCACAUAAAGCGUCAUGGCAGGAAAAACUGGCCACCAUUCUAUCCUCUCAUCUAUCAUGAAAUAUCAGAAGAAAUCCCAGAGGCAUCGCGGCCACUAAUCACUCGCCUUUACCAGCUCUGGCUCGUACUUUUUGCGACGCUCAUCAUCAACGUGGUGGCAUGUAUAUUCCUCCUGGCAGCGGGCACCAGCAACGGGGGCGGGGACCUUGGUGGAAGCAUAGGUUACUUGAUAUUUAUCGGACCCCUCUCGUUCUUGCUGUGGUAUAGGCCUAUAUACAAUGGCUAUAUGAAGGAACAAGCACUGUACUAUUAUUUCUACUUCUUCUUCGGAGGAUUUCACCUCGUUUUCAGUAUCUACAUGAUCAUUGGGAUUCCGAGCACUGGUUCUGCAGGAUUGAUACAAACCAUCCAAAUGUACAGUGCUAGCCAUUGGGCAGCUGCUGUCCUGGGCACCAUCGCCACAGUCGGUUGGAUCAUUCAGGGCGUGGGAAACGCCUUCUACUUUCGCCAGAUUUGGUCUCACCAUACAGCUGUCGGACAUACGAUGGACAAGGCUAAAACUGAGCUGGCCACGCACGGAGCGAAGGCAUACUUCACGCGAGGCUGAUGGACUUUUACUUACUUACCUGACACCCUACUAUACCUUUAUCACUGGGCGUAUGUAGGUGGAUUGUUGUAUGUCAUCGAU